AGUGAUACUAAAAAUGUUUCGCCUAAAAAUGUGUUGAAUAAUAACCCGCAAGCUGAACAAAAACAAGAUGCUAAUGCUUGUGGCCUAGAAGAUUCUAAAGUUACUACUAAAAUGUCUACGCUUCAUGAAACCGUUAGACCGCAUACGAGUAGCUCUAGACUUUCGCAAGAGAUGGACAGCUUAGCUGCAUUCACUAAACAGACAUUAGAUAGGGUUAACAAAUUAACGAAUAACUUAAAUAGUAAUAAGUUAAAUGUAGACGCAUCUGAGCCACGGUUUGACUCCUUAUUAGCUUCAAAAUCAGAACAAAAAAAUAAUAAUCAUACUUUUAAUUAUGGCCUUACUGGGGAAAGGCCAGCUUACACCAGAGGAGUGACGGAAAGAUUGAGGGAUAUAGAUACGGCAGCUCAGAGACUGAUUGACUUUGAAAAGCAAAGUGCAAUGUUUUCUGAUCUCAAUAAUGAUACGUCUAGUCAAAAUCGCCGUGUUGAUAAUGCUUCAUCGUCUUGUAGUCUCACUCCCGUUUCUAUUCUAAAAAGAAAAUCCAUUCACGAAGACAGCGCCACCACGAACCCAACUAAUCAUGCUAUCGCCUCUCCGCCGGUGACAUUCUCACCAAGUGUUAUAGAACUCCAGAACUGCCGCCCAGAUAACAGACAACGGCAAGGUAUACUUAAAAAACGCCGAAGUUUAGACGAAUCGCAAGUUGCCAGAAGAAGAUCUUGCAGUCCAGAGGUGUCGUUUGCCGAUGAUGGCUCUUCGGACAUUAAUAAACCUAUUCUGAAAAAUCGAAGGUCUUCUCUAGAAGACGUUGUCAGGAAUAGGUCUCCAGAAGGACAAAUUCAUGGCAUAUUAAAGAGAAAAAUGAGUAGGGAGGAUGAUCCGCAUAACGAUGAGUUAUCCCAUGGCUCGCCAGAACCUCAUGGGAUACUUAAACGCAAGUCUAAUUCUAGCUCUAGCAGCAGUACGGCAUCUUCCCACGUUUCUAUCGCUCAAGCUGUAUUGCUAGCAGCCGCUGGUGGCGCUGAAAUAGUCGAAGACGAUAAGGAGAUUGUCAGACCGAUAUUAAAGAAAAAGAGCUUCUCUGAAGAACGACCAGGCCCCGAAAUUAGUGCAUCAGAUACUCCUAAACCAAUACUUAAAAAGAAGUCUACAGAACAUGAGGACUUCGACUUUGAUCUACCUAAGAAACCAAUCCUUAAAUCAUCAAAAAAAUUAUCUGGUGACGAAGGACAUACUUCUAGUUUCGAUAUGAGCGAAGACGAUAGAAGUUCUCGCCGGCCUUCACUCCUCAGGUCGCGGACAUCUGAUCAUUCCGGAUCGGAGUGUGAAGCGACAGUUAGACCUAUUUUAAAGCAGAGAGGUUCGAGUUUGACAAGGGAACGCAGCCAAUCGCCGCGCCCACGGCUCUCGUUUUGCGCAGAGAACGACGCGAACAUCAGUGUGGCGAAUAUUAGUUGCGACGCGAACGACUUGUCGGCGGCUGGACCGCGGCGAGUACUAAAUCUAAUACCUGCAGCCGAGCCGGAACAAAGCUACCCCAGUGCAGUGCUCCGUCGCAGGAAUCUACGACCGAAAACGAACCCAAGAUCGAAAAGUUUAGCGUGCGAUGUAAACGAUGAAUUACUGUCGAUACUAAACAGUCGACGGUUAAAAGUGGAUGAAAAUAGUGACAAUGCACGUUACGAACAGUGGCCCCAUUUGCACAACGAUGAAAAUGAGACCGACGAGAAACCCAAAACUUUUCCAUCGAUUGCAUCGAGAAUAAAGAGCAUGGAACAAGCUCUUACAAAAGAUUUACCAUUAAGAGAUCAACCAUCGACAUCCAGGUCGAAGACACGAGAUAAAGAACGCUACAAAACACAACCCAUCACUGUCGACGAAAUGCGGUCGAUCACUUCCAGUUUGGAGCCGGGCCAAGCGAGUUUCCAAGCGUUCGGCCAAGCGGGCUGUAGUUUUCCGAGUCGCCCCGUCGAGUCCAGUGUUGCUUCCUCCGCCAGGGGCGCUUUUCCCCUUUCGGGGGAACCGGAACGAGACCCUUUCGUGGAUUUUGUGAAAACAUUGGAUUCUCCGCCGUUCGGUUCGAGCUCGUUUAGCGUGUUAUCGCCGGCAGCGAACAGCAACUCUGACGGCAGCGGCGCCAAGGACGACAGUUUUGGUGAAGCGACUUUUCUGGAUUUCGAGAAUCUAGACAGAAAGCAAUCGACUUUAGACGAAAUAGAACAAGAAGUGAACAAAGUCCGCGUCGCUUUGGACGAGGACAGCCGCGCACUCGAUGAAGACGAGAGGCACCAGGCAGAAGCCGACAACUGGAGUCUAAAUGUGUCUUGUGAUAGCGGAGUGUACAAUCGUGCCUCUUCCAGAGACUCCGGUCCGCAUUCUGGCGAAGAACUAGGCCUGGUAGAAAGCCAAGAGAUCCGCGACAACCACGCCACCAACAGCAGCAGUAACGAGUGGUCAUCUUCCUCUAUCGAACGUGGUCUUCUCACCAUGGAUAGGGAGAGGAAAUCGACAGAGAACGACGCUCUCAUCAGCCCAGACACCCAGGGUAGCGACGAUGAGAACACCAGCGGCUUCGCUCUCGGCCUCGUCAAGAGCAACAGCGUCGUAGCCAGGGCUAGUAUGUGGCAGCAGCUCCAACAACAAGCCAAAGGCACUCCGAAGCCUCUAAUUCGCCACAGUCGCUCCAAGAUCAAGGAGGGUCCAUCAGUGGUGGAUAGAUUCAAGACCCAGCCAAUCUCAUUCGCGCCUCCAGAAGAACCCGAGGAACAAACCAACAAACCGUUCUCCCUGGCUCAGUCCAAAAGCACAGCCAAUGUGUUAGACAGAGACGAAGAUGCUAAGUUAGACGAGGACGAUCCGGCCAAGAUGUCGCUCUCGGAGAAGAUGAAGAUGUUUAACGCGAAGUUGACUCACAAGCCGCCCGUGGCGGGGCUACCGAGGCCUAAAGAAGACCGUGUACCGAGGACCUCCAGACUCCGCACCAUGCCUGUAUUAGCCAGCCAAGUUCAAGAGGCCAUGGAACAGAAUGAGAGACUAACCAAGUCGCUGACCCACGAAGAUGUGCCGCGUAAUCCCGACUUCCAACUCAAAAUGGAACUGUUCCGAUCCGCGAGUGCAAAGAACACAUCGUUAGAGUAUCUUAUGCGGCAGAAUUCAAAGUUUAGAAGCUUAGAUCUCGACGACGACUCGCCGACGGAACGAGCACAGAGAAUGAUCACGCCCGAAGUGCGUGGCAUACUGAAAUGUGGGUCGACGGUCGUGCCGCCCAAACCCAAAGUGCUGGCCAAAGGCGAGAGCUCUGAGGUUGGUAUGGGUCUGAAAGAUGAAGGCAUCGACAGUUCUUCGGACGAAGAAUCAGUCUCGGCUUCGAGCGUGUCGUCAUCCGAGAAGAGCUGCUCAUCAUCAGACAGUUCUGACGAACUCCCCGACCCUCGCCCACGACCAGAGCCUCGCCGCUUCGCACGAAAGAACAGCAAGCUCAAAACAUCCAGAACCGAAUCCGACAUCACCAGGCAUCCUGAGCCUUACCCAAGGAAGAUACAACUACCAGGAGCGAAUGAGUUGAAAGAGCGCAUCGUUCAGGCAAAGAAUAUGGAAGUGAAGACGCCGCUUCUCGGCAAACUCGGCCGUAGACCGUCCCAAGAGCCGAAGGUAGAGGACGACCAGUCCAGAUACAGGAGGUUCGUGAAAAAAAUCGACGAGCCGAUACAGCUGGGCAAGUUGAGAAGACCUCCGGAGAAGACUGCGCCGGCUGAGGACCUCCCGCCGCCGGUUCUCAAGAUCACCGCUUUGAACCAAGCGGCCAAGAACAAGUUCUUCGGAUUAGAGGGCGCCAAAAGAGAGAAGAGCAUCGAUGAGUUGGCCGCGGCUGUGAGGAAAUACAUUCCCGCGAUGAGCAAGUCGAUGUCGUCGCACACGAUGGAGGUGCCGGGCUCGGGCAGCGACGGCGAGAGCAGCGGCGGCCGCGAAGUGCGACACAUCAACGCCAGGGUGCGGCACAGGUACGUAUCACACGAUAUGGCACUCUCGAUAUCUGCUAGAGAACAAAGGGUGGGUGGCGGCGUGCAGCGCAGCGCGACGCAUGCCGAAAUGCCACACCGAGGCGGCACCAUCGCGGAAAGGCUGAAAGCUCUGCAAGCGGCCGGCGCUAAUGACUGGCGCGCGCGCGUCUGCCGUCUCAGCCCUGAAAGAGAGGACUCCAAGGCGAUAGAACGUGCCAAGAACAGGAUCAAUGACACUUUGAAUUCGGUGGGGGAUGAUAAGAAAAAGGUCCACAUAGAUGAAAACGAGCUGGGAUCAAAUAUAUUAGCGGACAGGCGGAACAAAUUAGAAACUGCAGCGCAAGGAUGGCGCAAGCGCGUUCCACAGAACGAUGCGACGCUCUUCACCGUUGCUGGGCGUCUGGAACGCGACAAAGUGACCACGAACGUCGCGACGCCGCCGCUGACGCCACCCAACGUCGCGUCGCCCAUGGCCGUCGCUUCUCCUGGUAUUCCACCACCGAACACAUUCAGAUCCCGCAAGCAGCCAUCAUCGCCUACAAAGAACGGGUUCCCGUCGGGCCCGCUGCGUUCGGCGUCGUACGCGGUAGUGAGUGCCGCCGCCGAGCCGAAGCCCAGAGACCCGCGCCCCGAUCGCGACUCGUUCAAACGCAGCCACUCCGUCAGCGAGAGCAUCAGCCGGGUUGACGAGAAAGAGGACUCCCCCGGCGCCGAGAGGUCCGGUUGUCCGGUGCGAGUGCCGCGCGCCGACGACGAGACAUUCCAAGCCUUCUUCGCGCCUCUUCAGCAGCAAGAGAGAUCUGAAGGCGUGGAGGUCGAUCUGGACGCCAUCGACAGUGGAUCUAGGCAGUUGCUCGCGAGCGAGUGGAGCCGUCGCGCCCGACGCGAGCGGCGCCACGCGGCCUCGCGCAACCCGCUCAAGGCACUCGCGGCCCGCGCCGACAUACGCGAGGAGUACGUGCCGCCGCCCUCCACCAACAUACGGGAGCAGUUGAUCAAGGAGAAAGUGACAGCCAACGUAGGCCUGGCAGCAGAAGCCCUGGCAGCGUUGGCGAGCAAGGAGGACUUCUCGAACGUGGCGCUGCGCAGCGCCGCCGCGCCCGUCUCCGCGCACGGCACCAAGCCGCUCAUGCUGCUGCACGUCAAGGGCAGGAGGCGAGUGCAGACAAGACUCGUGGAGCCGGUCCACUCAAAUGUAAAUCGAGGCGACUGCUUCAUUCUCAUCACUCCGGACCAACUGUACCUCUACAUUGGACUCUACGCCAAUGUUAUUGAAAGAAAUCGCAGCACUGAUAUUGCGCUGCACAUAUACAACACAAAAGACCUCGGUUGUAAAAACGCCACCGGUCUCAUAAAAAUCGACGAGCAAGUCAAGAACUACACCAACAAACAUUGGAUCCAAUUUUGGUCACUACUUGGCGUAACAGAGGAAGUUGAGAACUACAAACCGGUUGAAACCGGUCACGCGGACGAAGAUGAGAUAUUCGAGUCGUGCAUCGUCCAAACCAACAUGUGCUACGAGGUCCUCGACGACGAGUUGGUGCCAAUCAAAGAAUAUUGGGGCCAAGUACCAAAGAUCGCCAUGCUCAACCAAUCGAAAGUGAUAGUUUUCGACUUCGGUUCAGAAAUGUACAUUUGGUACGGCAAGAAUGUGCCGCUCGAGAGCCGACGACGAGCGGCACAGUUGGCCCAGGAGCUCUUCGAUGAGGGUUACAACUAUGAGGAGUGUCAUAUCAACCCGUUGAACGCUGCCAUGUACCAAGGCGCCAGGGUGGACUCCGACGCGCCGACCAAAGUGUCCAAAACUCGACCCGAAUGGGCCAUUUUGUCCAAAGUCACACAGCACAUGGAAUCCAUAUUGUUCAAAGAGAAAUUCCUCGACUGGCCCGAUUAUACCAGAGUCAUAAAGGUGAAGACACAAGAGAAUAAAACCAACUCCAUUGAGAUCAAACCCUGUGAUGCGGAGGAGAUGUGGUCCAAUGAGUACCAGGAACCUGAUCUGGUCUUGGAAGGGUCCCAUUUAGGCCGCGGCACGCAUUACUACGACAAAGAAAACAUGAGACACUACGAUAUCAACACGAAAUCCGUGUGCAAAUGGGAAAUACGCGAAUACGAUUAUCAGAAAGUCGAUAGUGAGCCUGAAGUCGGAGAAUUCUUCUCCGGCGACAGCUACAUUAUUCGAUGGGAGUACCAAAUUACAGUGUCUGGUCGAGAGUUGAACGGAAAGCCUUCGAAACACAACGUGACGGGUCGAGAUCGGUGCGCAUACUUCUGCUGGCAGGGGAAAGAUGCGACGUCCAACGAGAAAGGCGCCGCUGCGUUGCUCACGGUCGAGUUGGACAAGGAAAAGGGGCCACAAGUGCGCGUCGCCCAGGGCAACGAACCGCCCGCCUUCCUCAAUCUCUUCCAGGGCAACUUGGUCAUCCAUCAGGGCAAGCGGGACGUCGACAAAAGUCGAUACAGGUUGUUCGUCACUCGCGGCAACGUGUCCAACGAGGCGUACUUAGUGCAGGUUCCGUGUUCCGUGCGUCAACUACGCAGCCGCGGCUCGAUGCUUCUAGUCGAUACGGAGAAAGGAUGCCUUUACAUCUGGCACGGCUCCCGAAGCCUCAAGCACACGAAGAACGUAGCGAUAGAGUUGGCGAACAAAAUGAUCGCUAGGAAAACGAACUACUUAUACAGCGGUGAUUGGAAGAUCACCGAAGUGAGGGAGGGCGAGGAGCCCAAAGAGGUGCUGGAAGCGUUGGGCGUCGCGAACAAGCAGUCGUACAACUCGGUGAUGAGCGGCGGCAAGGAGUCGGGCGGCGACGUGACGCCUCGGCUAUUCCACUUCACGGACCUCAGCGGUCAGUUCGAAGCCAACGAGGUGUUGUCGCCGCUGCGGCACGAACAUCUGGUGACACCCUUCCCUUUUGAACAAAAGGAGUUGUAUUCGGCUUCGCAACCUGCUUUAUUCCUGUUGGACGACGGCAAAAACGUGUGGCUGUGGCAAGGAUGGUGGCCUCGGGGCGAAGACGGGGAGCUGGAGUCCGCGGAGAUUAACACUGGUGUGGGCGCGUUCGCGGCGCGGUGGCAAGCUCUGCGCGCGGCGGCGCUCGGCUCGGCGCUCGAGUACGUGCGCGUGUCCAGCGACCACCGCGACCAGCGCAACCAGGACGACCAGCGACCGUCGCGCGACCAGCCCGACGUGCGCGUGGUGGUCGCCGGCCUCGAGCCGCGCGCCUUCACCGACCUGUUCGACAUAUGGACCGACCACGACCUCGCCGCCGAGGCCAAUAUCGCCACGGGGCACAAGGCGGGCGCGGUGACGAGCGGCGCGGGCGAGCUGUCGCGCAUGCGCGGCGCGGGCGCGCUGCUGCCGCUGGCCGCGCUGCAGCGCCGCCCGCUGCCCGACCACGUCGACCCGCACCACCUCGAGAAACAUCUCUCCGAACAGGACUUCCUGGAGGCUUUCGGUAUGACCAAAGAAGAUUUCUCAGUUCUGCCCGCUUGGAAGCAGACGAACCUGAAGAAGGACGUCGGCCUGUUUUGACCGAUCUGUCCUCACGCACUCGUUGAAUUCGUACACCUCGCGCGCUCGGCGGUGCGCCGCCUCGUGCGCAAGGAAUAGCGGCCCGGCGGGAACUCAACCUCACGGAGAAUCGGUUCAUAUCGAUACAAACGUAGUCUAAUCGAUAUCGAUGCAUUCACUCGUGUCUUACACUCAUUAACCGUGAUAAUACUUUUUACUCGGGACUCGGUCCCGUUCUGCAACGGCGGUAUGUCUGUUAGAUGUGGAUGCGCCCGCUCACGUGCCGCGCUCUCGUUGUUGAAGUAUCGAUUAAGAAGGUCUCAAUAUCAUAGUCGAGUUUGACGUUUACUUGUCUCACUCUGUAUAGGAUAAAUAUUUUGUACAACUGCAGCUAUUUCGUACUUUUUUACUGAAUAUCCAUGGAUUUGAUGAAUAUAAAAAAUAAUUAUAAGAACAUGCUUUAAAUUCUAUAGUUAAAUAAAGAAACUAUUGUCGUUUUGUACUAACUAACGGUAUGUACCAAACUAUGUAUUCGCUCUCGUGAUAUUUUCAUGUAACCGCAGUAGAACUAGACAAUAUAAUUAUAUAUAUAUAAAUGUGGAUUUGGACGUUGGAAUUGUAUCGUCGCGUCGGCGUAGAGUGUUGUAUAUUCAUUUGUCGCAUCCGUGCUGUUGCGCACGAAACGUGUUUUUGUAUAUAGUUGUUUUUCAUUAUUUAUUUCUUAACCGCAAUUCUUUGUAUUGUAUUUUAACGUCAGUUUUAAUAUGAGUUUGUAAAGUGAAAUAUUAAUUUUGUUUUUAAUUUUAGAUGUUUGUUUUAUAGUUAGCACCGUGGAUGUGACAAUGAUUUUUAAUGGUGAUAUUUUUCGAUGUAAAAACAUUCGAUUUUGUUGGACAACGCGUAAAGCCAAAGAGAUAGCUUUGAUAGCAUUGUCGAUUGUUGGGAUUUUGUUUACGAUGUAAUGAUAAAGAAACGCGGCAGUUCGACAGAAUCGAACGUUGUAACGUUUUAGUAAGGCAAAUGUGUCUGGUCAAGAAUGGUUAUAUGUUAUAAAGCGCUAGGUAUACAAACACAUACUUUACUAUAAUUAUUCGCUUUAGUGGUAGGCUUGUGCGUUGUUGCGGUUGAAAUUGUACACGGAACGUAGCGUUUAGUUUCACGUAAACUGUUGUAAGUGCAAAAUGUAUUAACAGGUCCAAUAUAAAGAAAAAUCCUCUAUGAUUAUAAAAAUAUACUUAUUUCCAAUUUGUGAUUACCAAAUUAAUGUUUAACGCUAUUUUAAAGAAAUGCAAUGAUUUUUAAAUCACUAAUAUUUCACUUACUGCAAUAUACGUAGGACAAGAUGCAAUCAGCGUUCUCGAAGUCAGUACUUGCUAAUUAGUGUAAAAUUUCAGCGGCCCAAUGCCUAUAUAUUUUAACACAUCACAUAUCUUAAAUAUCUACUCAUUGCUAAUAUUUUAUACUGUGCGUUAGGUGGACCAUGAUAAACUUUUUAUAUAAUACGAACAGUUCCCAAUAACAUAGCGCUAAAUGCUUGACUUUACAUUUUGUUGCCAAAUUGUUAACUAAAAUGUUAUUAUUUUAAUAUUGUCACUUACGUCUAUGAAUGUCGUAAGUGACUUUAUUAAAUUUAUUUAAUUAUUUAAUUCUUUGUUAUUGUUUUAUUAGCUGUUUGCGGACUGAGCCGCGUAAUAAAUUUGCCAGUAUUGUAAGUAUGUACUGCCAAUGAGUAGAAGAUUAACGAUCAAGUCAUACCUUAGUUAACUAUUAACCGUUUAUUUAUCUCCUAAGAUGCAUUUACGGCGAACCUGUCGCGGGCCUACCGUGAAAUAAAAA